GUGGCUUCACUUCCGCUUGAGCGCGAGACACCCUAGCGCACCCCCUUCUUGGGUUGAGGUCGCGCGUGCGAAGUAGGUAGAGCAGAUCUCCGCUUUGUUCUCUUCGCGAUUUGUGACUCGCUUUACUACAACGACGGUCGAGGACAAAGGAAACGGAGACUAAGAUUUUGAAGCUGUAAGGUGUCUACAUGGCCGUCAGAAGAGGACACAUAAGGUAUUUAAAAGUUUGUGAGGUUCAGAACCAGGGUAAUGACAGAGACUCACACAAGGGUGGCAGCUCAGUAAAGCAGGAAGUAUACGACAUGCCGAACGGUUACGAGGACCACAUGGGCGAUGAGCCGAGUGAUGCGAAAACCAACCUGAUCAUCAACUACCUGCCCCAGAACAUGAGUCAGGAGGAGCUUCGGAGUCUCUUCAGCAGCAUUGGCGAGGUGGAGUCGGCCAAACUCAUAAGAGACAAGAUGGCAGGCCACAGUUUAGGGUACGGAUUUGUUAACUAUGUUAACCCUAAUGAUGCAGAAAGGGCAAUCAAUACACUCAAUGGCCUGAGACUACAGUCUAAAACUAUCAAGGUAUCAUAUGCCAGGCCGAGCUCUGACAGCAUCAAAGAUGCCAACCUGUACAUCAGUGGUUUACCCAAGACCAUGACACAGAAGGAUGUAGAGGACAUGUUUACCCAGUACGGGCAUAUCAUAAACUCCCGCAUACUGGUCGACCAGGCCUCGGGUCUGUCUCGUGGAGUUGCAUUCAUCCGUUUCGAUAAGAGGUCUGAAGCGGAGGAAGCCAUCAAGGAUCUUAAUGGAUCCAAACCAGCUGGUGCCUCUGAACCAAUCACAGUGAAGUUUGCUGCCAGUCCAAACCAGACCAAGAAUUCCCAGCUGAUCUCUCAGCUGUACCCCACUCAAUCCCGUCGGUUUGGAGGACCUGUUCACCACCAGGCACAGCGCUUCAGGUUUUCACCCAUGAGUGUUGACCACAUGAGCGGCGCCUCCGGGAUGAACGUGUCCGGCAGCUCUUCCUCUGGAUGGUGUAUCUUCAUCUACAACUUGGGUCAGGAUGUCGACGAAGGCAUCUUGUGGCAGAUGUUCGGUCCGUUCGGUGCGGUCACCAAUGUCAAGGUCAUCCGUGACUUUAACACCAACAAAUGCAAAGGGUUUGGGUUUGUUACCAUGACAAAUUACGAAGAGGCCGCAAUGGCCAUCGCCAGCCUGAACGGAUACCGCAUGGGAGACAGAGUCCUGCAAGUGUCGUUCAAAACCAGCAAGUCUCACAAGUAAAGGGACUGGUUGUUUUUUUGUCAUAAAAGAAUCUGAAAGUUAAUUGCGGUUUGUUCUAAAGAUUUCAGUUAUUGUUGACUGUCUACAUAAGCAUAAUUCAUACAUCUGUGUUGGGGUGAAACAAGUUUGUGCUCUCUGGGGUUGCGCAAAAACUAGAAUGUUGCAUUAGUGGUUUUGUCCCUGAUGCCUGGCAUUUGUAAAACCCUGGACAAUUUAAAAAUUUCAGAUAUAUAUCGGAAGAACCUUUUUUUUUUUUUUUGCAAACACUGUUACAAUGACUUAAAGAUACCAUGGCAUUGUUGCGCUUUCCCUUCAUCACACUGGACUUAAUGGUCCCAUUUUCUUCAUUAUAUUAUAAUGUGAAAGCUUUUAGCUUUAUUGUUAGUAAAAACUACACAUCCCCACCUCUUCUAGACCUUUGUAAAUAGUGACUAGACCAAUUCUUCAGUGCUCCAGCUCACCCAUCUGUAAUGUAUAAGAACUUUGGAAGGACCAAAGAACUUGGAGUGUAAAGUGUAUGCCUUUAAGUGUUUUAGUUUUCCUGUUUGGAAAUUAAAAUCUAAAACCGCAAGUGUUGUCAUUUUGUUUUGUUUUUUGUUUUAUUUUGGUUUUCUUUUUUCUUCCCCCACUGCAGUUUGCUUUAUUUUUUUAAUCAUUUUUUUUUUUCAUUUGAUAUUAAAGUUUGUUUUGCAUUUAACCACAUAUUUCUUUUUGUCUGGUUUUAUUUGGAAGGUGGUUGAAAGAAGCCGUUUUUAAAAUUUGGUUUUACUUGAUCUUUUUAACCAGCGUUGAAUUCACUCCCCGCGUGGAUAAAUUGGAGUCUGAUAAAAGCAGGGUUGUAGGCACUUGGUUGCAAGCUGUCAGUCUAGAUUUGGUUAGAUCAGUUUUCAAUUACACAUUUGCUUGCCGAAUUAACAUUAAUAAUGCAUUUAAUGUAGUGUUUUAUUCUGUACUUAGUCAAUCCUAAAUGCAGCUUUGUACAUUUUAAUGUGAACUUGUGAAAAUUCAAUCUGCUUUUUGAGACGUUGUCAUGUAAAGCCACACAAAGGUGAAGAAUUGUAUUUAAUUGUUCUCACACAGUACUAGUACACAUCCGGUUUGCAGACCAGCACUAUACUUGUUUGCAUGUUCAUUUGUUGGUAGGAUUGAUUUCAGUAAUUGUACACUUCAUGCUUCGGGUCUUUAGUGGUAGUGUGACUUGAGGUCCUGUAGCAGGAUAUUCCAUGUUUCAUUCAAAUAAAUGCCAUUGUUUUGUCGUAAAAA